UGAAGAGGACAGGAAAAAACAAAUCCACAUCUUGCUACGACAGAACUGUUACGAACAUAAAACCACAGGGGAGCCUGUGCUGGCGCAGGUGCACCCAAAGUAGCUGCACGCCAGUCUUGUAAAGAAGAACGGGUGUCUGAAGAGCUUCUGGUGUAGAAAAGAUGAGUGACUCACUGGAGAGGACAACAGACUGUCCCCUGCUGCUUCUUGGAGAUGAGUCCAGCCCUGAGGAAGAGAGAGACGACCUGAUGGGCUCUGGCGAGUUUGGCUGGGAGGACGGAGGUCUCCCUGCGGAGCUGCAGAGAGGGAUGGAGACCCUCAGGGUGAACAGAGAGCUCACUGAUGUCGUACUGUGUGUUCAGGGACAUGACUUCCCCUGCCACAGAGCCGUACUCGCUGCAGCCAGUCAGUACUUCAGGGCGAUGUUUUGCAGUGGCCUAAGGGAAAGUCAUGAGAAGACUGUGGAAAUAAAGGGAUUAGACAGUGGGACGAUGAACACUCUCCUGGAAUAUACGUACACCAGCAAGGCCUUCCUGACACACUCAAACGUCCAGAAAAUACUGGAAGCUGCCAGUCAAUUUCAGUUCAUGCGUGUUGUGGAUGCGUGUGCUGGCUUCCUGAGUAAGUCUCUACAUCUAGAGAGCUGCAUCGGCAUCCUGAAUCUCGCCGAAAGCCACGCCCUGCCGGCUCUGAAGACCAAGGUUCAGGACUACAUCACCUCUCAGUUCUCCCAGGUUGUCCAGCAGCAGGACUUCCUGGAGAUGCCUGCAGAGUCUCUACAGAGCAUCCUGCAGAGGGAUGACCUGGAUGUGAAGGGUGAGGAGAGCGUUUUUGAAGCCAUGAUGUGCUGGGUGAGAGCCAGAAAGGAUGAACGCUCUCCGCUUCUGGCCAGGUUGCUUCCACAUGUGCGACUGCCUUUGCUUGAGCCAGCGUACUUUGUAGAGAAAGUCGAGUCAGAUGAACUGAUUCGUGGCUGCAGUGAGGCUUUUCAUUUGCUGCAAGAGGCCCGUACAUAUCACCUGUGUGGCAGGGAGCUGGUCUCUGAACGCACAAAACCCCGGGAACGGCACUUUCUCUCUGAAGUGUUUCUAAUAAUUGGAGGCUGCACUAAAGAUGAACGAUUCAUCUCCACCGUCACCUGCUUGGACCCUCUCAGACGCAGCAGGCUGGAGGUCGCACGGCUUCCAUUUACAGAGAUGGAGGAUGAAAGUCAGAACAGAAAAUGGGUGGAAUUUGCUUGCAUCACCUUUCGCAAUGAAGUGUACAUAUCAGGAGGUAAAGAGACACAGCAUGAUGUUUGGAAAUAUAACGGCGCCCUCGACAAGUGGAUCCAGAUCGAGCCCCUAACAACUGGCCGCUGGAGACACAAGAUGGCGGUUCACAGGGGGAAGGUGUAUGCGCUGGGUGGAUUUGAUGGAGUUAAGAGACUCUCCAGUGUAGAGGCCUAUGAUCCGUUUCACAACCGCUGGACACAGGUGACACCCCUUGCAGUGGGAGUUAGCUCCUUUGCUGCAGCAAGCUUUGACAGAUGGAUCUACGUGAUUGGUGGUGGGCCGAAUGGAAAACUGGCUACUGAUCAGGUCCAGUGCUGGGAGCCUGGGACGGACUGCUGGGAACUACGGGCGCCCGUUCCCAUUGAAACCAAAUGCACUAAUGCAGUAACUUUCAAAGACUGCAUCUAUAUAGUUGGUGGUGCCAUGCAUGCCAUGUACUGCUACUCACCCCUGUCGGACUCCUGGUCUCUAGUCACCCGUCUGGGGGAGAGAGCAAGCUGCGCCAUCGCUGCCUGUAACAACAAACUGUUCAUCACUGGGGGACGGGAUAACAAAAACCAAGUCAUCUCUACAGUGAUGUGCUGGGAUGUUGGUCAAGGGCUCCUCACAGAGGAAUGUGUUUUACCUUUGGGAGUGUCACACCACGGCAGUGUGACCCUCAUGAAGUCCUACACGCACAUACACAGAGUCCCACCUGCUGGGGAAAGCCAGUGACACAGGCCUCUGCGAAAAAAGGACAGAAAUGUUAGACUGUGAAAAGAGUAGUUUUGUGUGUUCAUGUUGUGUCAUUUUAUGUCCCUGCCAAAUAAACUGAAUCACUCAAUAUGUUUUAAAUUUUGCCAAUACAAUGUGAUCUUUUGAAAUGUAAUUUAAACUGAUGAAAAUAUUAAAAAUCACAGCUGAUGA